AUGGAUGGCGCCCCGGCACCUUCAGAGAGGCCCACGGCAGUUGCCACCAUGGCGGGCGGGAAAAGAGCAAUCUGUGGCAGAUUUCCGUACGUGGUGUCCCUGCGCGAUAGGACGGAUGUGCACCUCUGCGAAGGCAUCCUGGUGGACGAGAAAUUUGUGUUGACCGCUGCGCACUGUGUGGACCCCAAUGACCCCAUGUCGCUGGGCCCCACGCCCAUCAUAGUCAUCGGGGCGUGUGAACUGAGGGACAAGAACAACGAAAAUGGGAAAGUGGAGGUAGUUAACAUAGGACAUAUGAGUUUCUUUGGUCUUUUGCAGAAACAUACAGUAUAUUUUUGUAUCUAA